UCUCUCCUGAAAUUCACCGCUCAGUGUAGAUUCUAUACAUCUUUCCCCCUCAUUCCUAGGAAGGAAUCCCAUUACUUCAGUCUUGUUCCCUAAAAUAAAUCUUUCUUCUUCAAGUUGGAGAAAUGUAGACAGUUGUUUUCAUAUUUCUGUCAUUUGGGGUUUCCUUCAAAUCCUACAAUUGCAUACUGAAGAUUGAAUCUGGAGACACAGAUCUACGGUGGUGAAAGGAGACUUGCAGCAUUAGGAGCUGCCUUUCCAAGUAUUAUGAAAAAGGAAAUGCCACUGGGACCUGAAGAUUUGUGACAGUUCCAGAAUCAUUCAUCUCAAAUGGCAGCGCUGGAUUUUAUAGUUUCUGUCGCCAGUAAUGCUUUUGUUCCCACUUAUGAUGGGAGCAUAGCAAGGGUUGUGAAAGGCCACCGUAGGUACCGGUAUCUUGGGUACAAAAAAUCAUUCCAACUUGAUCGGAGAAGGCUCGUAGAAUUGUUGGAUUUACAUCACAAUGGAAAUCUCUCAUGGGAUGAGUUUUCAGCUGCCGUACGGCUGGCUCAUGUGAGAAGAAUGGGCCAGCCAGUUAGCCGUACGGUUAUCCCAGACAAUCCUAAAGAAGAGGAUUAUUUCUACGCAAAUCCUCAAGAAUGUCUGUGUGAGGGCACAAGCUGUGGCGAUUUAUCAGCUCCUAAAAUUACAACUAAAGCUCAGUGAGAGAUGCCAUAAAAAUGAGAUUUUUAAGCAGAUAUCAGUACCACAGCCUGUGUAUGGUGUAGUGCCGGAGUGAAAGAAAUGAUGCCACUGAUUUGCCAACUCUUCAUUCAAAGUGUGACAGCAAUGUUCUCAACAAGUAAUCUAGGAAAUAGCAAAGGAUCGGCUGUUGCUGCAGAGGC